UCAAGUAAACAGUGGGAAGUGUCACAAGUAAUUAGAAUGCGUUUCAUGCUUUUCUUGACUCUUUAUUCAAAAAGCUGCACAAUCCAGUUAAACCAACAAUUAGUACAAUUUUUAAAAGUAGGAGCAUUACUUCUUUUAUUAAUAACAGGCGUUUUGUCACAAUUAUUUGCGACAUAUCCAGAGCCUCGUUGCACCCAAAGUUUAGAAGAAGCUAGAGAAGAGGUUUAUUAUGUCUCAGAAGGAGUGAGAAUAUCGUCUUAUUAUGUACAGUUCGAUAACAAAAAGACCAUCGAUGAUUUUCAAUUUAGGUACUUCACGUAUGUAAUUGAUGAGGACACUGGCGAAGAGGUUGAAACGAAUGACGUUGACUUUGAUAUUGACGAAAUAGAUUUCACAAUGGAACCGUAUGCAACUCUGCCAGGAGAAUACAUGGUUCUUGUAGAAGUUUCUCAGGUAGGGGGUAUCGAAGGAUUGGGCAAAACCUAUAAGUGCUACUUUGUGAUUCUCGCCGAAGAUCCGGAAGCAAUUAUAGAAGGGGGAUCAUCACGUAUUGUAGCUCCUAAUGUUGACUUCGUAGUCGACGGAUCAGAAUCAAACAAUGUUAAUCAUAAAGAAGUCACUAACGAAGGACUAACUUAUUUAUGGACUUGUACGCAACUAUUAACACCACCUACUUUUUGUAAAGGCGAUUGGACUUCCACGAAAGAACGGCUGACUAUUCCAGCUAAACAUGUUGUGGACGAGGAUGAAUUUGUUUUCACUUUGAAAGUGUCCACCGAAUGGGACACUCAUGACAAUGCAUCGCAAAAAAUCUACGUACUGAAGAAUUCAGUCAAUUUGGUACUCAAAUGCCAUAAAAAUUGCCCUCCAGUAGCCGCCGAAACAGUGACAGGAACUUCAACAUUUCUCGAAGCAUCCUGUCGUCAAAGUUGUAAAUUUGUGACGGAUAACGAUCUUGUCUGGACAAUAAUAUCUAAAACAAAUCCAAAAUUUACUUUUAACUACAAGACUGGCACCCGGUUUGGUAGACAGGGUCGCAAAUUUGUUAUUAAAGAAAACGUUUUAAAACCCGGCAUUUACAACAUAAGCGUUACUUUAAAAGCCGGACAUAAAAGAAAGGGAUAUUCGAGUAUGAUUAUAGAAUACGUAGGAUCUCCUGAAGUCAAAGAUUGUCAAGUAACACCUAAAAAAGGCGAAUCACUCAAAACGUCAUUUUCGUUCAAGUGCGUUCAAUCACCGCCUAAUCAACGAAACCAUUACAAAUUGGAGUAUGUGGACACUAAAGAUUCAUCGAAAACUGUGACGGUUACUGAAGGUUAUUACCCUGACGUUUUUGGAGAGAAAUUUGUGCUGCCACCUUCUACAAACAAGAAACUUGAACUGACAAUAACUCUAGGCAGCCAUAAGCCAACAACCGUUCUCCUUAAUGUUGAAGUGACUCCAGGUCUAACUAAUAAACCUUCAACAGAAGUAAUAAAAAUAGUCAACAAUCUGUACAGUGGCACAACACAAAGUCAGUCAAUUAAAGAAUUAGCAAAGAGCUCAGAUCCGGUUGAGAGAAAAAAAGCAAUGCAAAUCAUGACUUCUCUGGUCGAAGAACUUACAGAUACUAAAAAUGAUGAUCCAGUUUUUAAUGACUUUAUUCGAACUUUAAAGAUCCAAGCCACCAAAGACCUACUUGAUACACCUGCUACAAGAGCUUCUAAUAUUUUGAAAAUCGGUGAAACGUUAACGAGAUUGAAUGAUUUUAAGUCUCCACCACAAACAGAUACAGAAAUUGCCAAAAUAGCAACAAGUGUGUGUGACACGAUAACAGACAAGAUGCUGAAAGUGAUGCAGAAGAAGAAAAAUGUUCUUACCAUGUCUGACAAAUCGAAAUCACUUGCCAGGUUUGUGUCUCGGUGUUUAAAGUCGCAUGCUAAAGAAAAUCUCAAAAUACUAGAACCUGUGAAACUAAAUGUUUCAAGUAGAUUUCCUCCUGCUAAGAAGAAGGUGGAUCAAUCAGUGCUGACUGAAAGUUAUCCCGAUUAUGAAGACCAUGGUCCAAACUAUUACAAUGACCUUAAUAAUUUAAGAAACGCAACUGGGAAAACUUUAAAUGCGUCCAUGAAAAUGGCAAAAGCACUCGCAUUUACAACAGCCAUCGGCGAAGGUGUCAUAAAAACUGAAGGAGAAUACGACACAACACUCGUUCUCAAAGACUUAGGAAAGGAAAUAGCUGUCACUAAAUUGGCUUCGGACGGAGUUGUUUUAAUUCCCUCUCAAGAUUUUGCCAACGAAACUCACUCCUUUGACGUUUUGUUGACAAUCUGGAAGCAAGAUAUAUUAUGGUGGAACCCAAACCACACUUGUGUCGCGACAAAUAUAGCAAUUGUCCAGUUUUGGCAUUCAACUUGCAAGAAACGUAUUUAUGAGUUUUUUCAACCAGUUGAGAUUUUUUUUGCUAAAAGACCUGGUUUUGUUUUUGCUGAAAAAACAAGAAAUCGUACUUUUAGAAUUUUGAAGGAUUGUGGAAGAUCUUCUUGUCCACAAGUGUUACAGUUUGCUGUCCCGAAAAGGAGGACGCUGCAUGUUCAGUUUUUUGCGUUUUCACAAACAAGUUCUUUAAAAUUUAUAACAACCUAUUUUAAAUUUCCAACUAUGGACGAUUUUGGCAACGGUACUGUUAAUGAAUUUGACAGCCUAAACACUUCGUUUGUUAAUAGAAAAGACUACGAUGUCUUAGUGUACGUUGGAAUCGUGUCUGUGGAUAACAAGUCAUCAACUCCAAUAAAGUACAACGUACAUUCGAAAGUAACAAACUGUAUUCGAUGGAGUAUGAAAGCAAAUCAAUGGAAGCUGACAUGUUAUCCUGGAGACAAUGGAAAUAGUACUAUGGUCGAUUGUAUGUGCUACCAUUUCUCUGCCAUUGCUGGAUAUUUUGAAAACAUAAAGUUUCUGGAAAAAGCAAUACAAGCCCCAAACUUGAAAUUAAAACUUGUUUCAAACCAAAUUAUUUGCAUAACAGUUGCUGUGACAAUGUUUCUAUUUUGCUCUCUUUUACUAUUAAUUUUGUUACCAAAAAAGAAAAUUAAUGUGUAUUAUUUAGCUGAUAAUAAUACAAAGCAUCGCUUUGCGUAUCUAUUGACUGUUAAAACCGGAUUCAGAGUCGGUGCUGGUACUUCAUCUAAUGUAACUAUUAAACUCCAUGGAGCAAAGAAAUCUAGUGAGCCACAUGUCUUGAAUUAUCCUGACCCCAAAAAGUCGUUACUUCAAUCAUUCGGAGAAGAUAUGUUUCUGCUAAGUACAGAAAGCAGUUUAGGUGAACUUAAAGAAAUGGAACUAUGGUUUGAUUCACUCGGAGUGAAUCCCACAUGGCGUUGUCGCGACAUUUACGUCUUCGAUAUGCAACAACAUAAUGAAUGGCGAUUCAAAGUCGAAACCAAAUUUUCUGUCGUAAAAGGUAUCACUUAUUGUGCGGUCCAACCGUUCAGAGAAGAAAAAUCAAUAUUACUGAAUAAAAACAAACUAAAUUUGUCUCAAAGAUUUCACGUUUGGAACUUGUGUCAAAAAGAGGAACACAUUUCAUAUCUUCAGAAACUAACCAUUAUCUUGUCGACACUUUUAACAAUCUAUUUCCUCACACUUUUAUGUUAUGGACUACCAGAAAUUCUUCUAAGAGACUGCUUAGACACUUAUGUAGCGCUCGAAGUAAAUGACUUUACAGUUUUGGUCGCUUUUGUGUCUUCAUUUUCUGCGUUUGUGCUUCACUCUUUUUUAAUAUGGGGCUUUCGAUUAUCUAAAUUUCAAAAGUGGAAGAAUGAUACGGUAGCAUUUAUUUUGACUAUUGCUUGUUGGUCACUCCUUAUUGGUUUAAUAAUUAUUUCAACAACAUUUUUGACGGUCUAUGGUUUUUGGGUGCCAUACUACAGUAGUUUAUGUUGGCUUAUUUCUUGUCUAAUUGGAAUAGCCUUUGAUAUUUUUCUAUACGAAAUCAUAUUUGCUGUAAUUCAGAAUUUGUUCAUGAAAAAUUCCUUUAAAAAACAUAACGUUAUAAAAUUGUACCAAUACAUACUGCAGACUAGUGAAUACCAGAGAAAGUAUUUGCGUAGCAAAUUUGGAAAUAUGAUUUUAAGACCUUACUUUAAACACUUGUACAAACCUAUAAAGAAAAAACGAUUUAAGAAAGUACAAAAAUGGCUGAUUCAUCGAUAUUCAAUCAUUUCCGAAUUUGAAGAUCUCUUAAUGUUUAGCAUCUACAUCGUUAUAUUAUACGUUGUAGUUUUGGCAAACAAGGACCGACUUAUGGUUGUUUCUAAAAAUGAUAUGAGAGACUUGCUUACAGGUUUACACACUAGAAGUAUUACGUUUGAAAAUUUGGAUGAAUUGGAAAAAAUCUAUGAAUACAUUAAUUUAACUUUAAUCGAAGUUCUUCACGCAUCAGAAUGGUAUGACAAUUUCUCGAUUUACGAACCGGCAUUGAUGAAAGACGUGGCAAAUAAAUACCUCGGAGUGGUUCGAAUGAGACAGCAGAGAAUUGAACCGAAUGCAUGCGAGGUGGCACCAAGAAUGCGUUUCCUAAACACUUCUUGUUGGCCAGAAUAUUCUAUUAGAUUCCUCGAAACUAAAACUUUCGGUGUGGGUUGGAAACAAUCAGUUAAUAAUCCUAUUGCUGCCACUCAUGACCGACUUCGUAAUGUUUGGAAAUAUCAAACUGGAGCAGAAGCGGGCUCUUCUCCUGCCAUCGGUGAAUUCGCUACUUACACUGGAGGUGGAUAUAUUUAUUAUUUGGGUCGUAAAGCGUACAAUUCUGUGGCUAAUUUUUUGAGAAUGUUUCAAGAUGAGUGGAUAAAUCCAGAAACCAGAGUUAUUUUUAUAGAAUUCAUGUCAUAUAAUCAAAAUUUUAACGUUUUUAAUUCAAUUCGAUUAAUGAUUGAACAGAGUGCAAGCGGCUACAUCCUGAGGGAUGUUUCUGUAAGUUUGACAAAAAAAUAUAUUUUUCACCGGCCCCAUCCUGCAAAUAUUCCAUGAAUAUACGUACAGCUUGCACGAGAAGUAAUGGUACAGAGUCGACUGUCGGCAG